GUGAGUUUUGAUGAGAUACGUAUGUACGUAAUUCGGAAGCAAAAAUGAAGCUUAUAAAAGGAAUACAAGAUCGUAUUUUCGAUGACAUGAACGUUGGAACUAUGUCUUCAAAGCGAAAAUCUCCUCCUACCAAGCUGCAAGAGGGAAUCGCCGCCGAGCAACAACAGCAACACUCCACCGCCCCCCUGCCGCCCACGAUAGUCGGCAGCGGCAGCGACGGAGGUGGCCUGACGGACCUGGACGAGACCAGCAGCAACAACCUGAGCGACGCAGCCGAAGAGGACGCCCAUCCCAUGGUCAACAACACCUCCGCAUUCUACAAGCUAUCCUCUUCGUCUUCCAGCGUAUCCGGGAGCGAGGUCGACGAUAACCUGGAGGAGGACCGCACGCCGCCGCCAAAAACCGCGCGCAUCAUGUGCGCGGAGACCGGAAGCAACCUCCUCAUACCUUCCGGUCUGCCCACGCCGCAGGAGCGACGGCGAAACUCUUCGGAGUGCAGCUCGCCCACCUCCGACAUAAAAGCCAACGUGCACUACAACAACAAUAACAGUAGCUUCGCCAACAACAACAGUUCCUCGCAUCCGCUCAAAAGGUCCAUGGACGACGUCCUCAAGAGGUUGACGUCCAAAAUUAACAGCAGCACCAUUAGGGAGGAGAGGCGACCGACGCCAUCUUCGACGCCCAAUUCCACGCACAACUCCGAUAUGGAGUCAACAGCCGCCAUUCAGCAGGCACUAUCCGGCGACAAUUUUAUGGAAAAAGACAGAAAAUUGUCGGAAUUAAUAUUUCAACUUCAGAUGGUUAGGGAACAGCUUUUGACGCAGCAGCAGCACCAUCAGGAAACCGCAAAGUCAACGCAGCUUGCAAACGAGACCCAAAAACAGUUGGAGCUGCAACGUCGCCAGCAGGAGCAUCUCCUGCAACAGCAGCAAAAGCUGCAGGAACUUCAAGGUCAGCUUUCGGCUCAGUAUGCAGCAGGAGGCGCCGUUAAUCAGGGGCUUAUGUUCCUGCCGUUUCUGGAACAGCUCAGGAAUAUGCAGGGACCACAGGCUAUACCUCCCAAUGUCGCAAAGGCCGCUCUUACCAACCACAUGCUCCCCCCACAAGUCCCAGGCUGGAUCUCCGCCACGGCGCACCUGGCUCAGAUGUCCGCCACCCCCGAGAAACGCUCGCCGCCCCCGCAACGCACCCCAUCCCCCCGAGCUCCCCCUUCGGACCCCGACGCGCCCCUCAACCUCUCCAAACCGAAAAGCAUUGGCGGUUCGGCGGGCUCCAGCCCUCAGGCCACCCCCACGAGUUUCGGCAACCCCUUGGAGCAGCAUGUGGAUGCGUCCGCGCCCAAGUUGCUGCCCCCCAGUAUGGUGAUGCCCCGCGCGUUUUUGCCGUAUCUGCCCCAGCAGUUUCCUCAGCUAGGCGGAGGUGAGAGGAAUAAGCACAAGGACGGAAUGGGCGCGGAGAAACAGACCCAUUUUCCCCUGCAUAUGCCGUAUGGGCUCCCUGGUGGCCCCCAUAUGCCCGGAGGGCCGAGACCCAAGGAGGAUGUAUUGAAGGAGGAAGGCGAUUUCAUGGCUGCUUGUCAUUUAUGGGGACAAGACAACAACUACAAAAUGGACGAGAACUCGGAUAAGGCUAAGAUAAUCCGGCAGCAGGCCAAACGUGAUAACGAGAACAAGCCACACAUAAAAAGACCGAUGAACGCGUUCAUGGUGUGGGCAAAAGACGAGCGAAGGAAGAUUCUGAAGGCCUGCCCUGACAUGCACAAUUCCAACAUAUCGAAAAUCCUGGGCGCCAGAUGGAAGGGGAUGUCGAACUCCGAGAAACAACCUUACUACGAGGAACAAUCCAGGUUAUCGAAGUUGCACAUGGAGAAACACCCCGACUAUAGAUACAGGCCGAGGCCUAAGAGGACCUGUAUUGUGGAUGGAAAGAAGAUGAGGAUAUCGGAGUAUAAGAUGCUCAUGAGGCAGAGAAGGCAGGAGAUGAGGCAGCUGUGGUGUAGGGAUGGAAGCGAUAUGAACUUCCCGAUGCCGGAUGGUUCGUCACCUGCUACAUCCACAUCAGGUAGACCCUCAGUGUCGCCACCAGUAAGCUUAAUGAACGGUGCUGGUCCAAGUUCAGAGGGGGGUUAUUAUUACCCUCAAGAUUGCUCGACGCCGGACAUGAAUUUUUCCCAGGAACACAUGGCUUACGACACGAGUCCAAGACAUGACGACGACUGAAGGUGGUCGAAGAGGGACAAGUUCCCCUGGUAUUAAAAGUGGACGUGGAAGAGGUUUUGUACAGUUGCUAAAAAGACAUUUUUCAUUGUGCCAUUCAGCAAACUGAAAUGCCAAAAGACUUUACUAAACAAAACAAAUAGUCGGUGUUGUACUUGUAUUGUUAUGUAGAUAUAUUGAUAGCUUUAAGGUCCUAAGAAAUCUUAUUUAUUUUAUAUUUUUAACUGUAUUUCUUGUUUUUUUAUUUGCUUUACAUUGCAUUACAUUGAUAUAUCACCAAACACUAAUUCAUCACAUACAAUUGUUAAAUUAUCUUAUUGGAUUUUAUUCUAAACCAAAGUGUUUCUUCGUACUUAUUUUCUUUUCAUGUGCCAGUACAUAUGACUUAAUAUAGCUGGGUAUUAUUAUCUGUGUAGUGUUUUGAGUGUGAUAUACUUAGACAGCUUUAAAAUUAUGUUGUUUUUGUUGAUUUACGUUUGAUUUGUUUGCAAAUUAAAGCAAAAACAGUAUUUGGUCUUCUAUUAUUUAUUUUACAACCUAUCUGCGGAAUAUUCUUGAUAUUCUGUUAGUAAAUUUAGCUUUAUUAGUUUAAAAAAUGUAUUAAGAUAAUAGUAUGGUACAAAUAUCUAUCUACAAUAAUAGAAGGGCUAGAUUUUUUUAAAUAAAUGUGCAAUGUACCUUAUUAAUCGUUUUUUUCUCAAACUGUUGAUGUUUAUAUAUUUUAAUAUAAGAGCCAGUACUUUAAGUAAUUAUUAUUUAUUAUUAGUAGUUUUUUAAACAAAUUAUUGUACAAAAACACUCGAAAUUUAUGUUAAUGGUUUAAAUUUACAAGAAAGAUUGUACUUAGUCAUAGAUAUAUAAAAUAACCCAUGUAAUCCAAUGUAGUACUUUAUUACAUUAGCAGAGGGGCGAAGCAAAAAAAUCGGUUUUUUAUAAAGAAAAAAUUUAGGUCUUUAGGAUUGUUGGUAAUGUUAAUUUUAUUUUAGUUUUUGUAAAUAGAUGGGUUUUUUGCUUUGCUCCGAUAGCCGUAUAUCUGGUAUUUUUAAGUCUUACUGUCAAAAACAUCGUAGGCUUUCCUAUGUAUCUUAAACAUAGCACCUUCACAUCAUUUUUACUAUUAUUUUGAGUAUAACCGCAAUAAACAUGUAGUGGAAAAAAUACCACUUUUUCUAAAAGAAAAAUUAAAAAUAUUCAGACAUAACAGAGAGGUGUUAACAAAUUGGAUUAAAAUAAGAUAAUGUACUUAAAAAUCAAAUGGAGUCAAGAAUUGUAUGUAUAAAAAUAAAUUCAAUAAAUAUGUGAUACCUGGACUUAGGUAUAGUUGUAAAAAAUAGUUUAUUAUUAUUAUUAUUAUUAUUACUUAUGUCAUGGUGUGCACGGACAAUUUUAUUAAGAGAAAAUUUUGGGAAUGUCUCGACGAAGUAAAAAUUAUGGAAAUUCCAAAACGCAUACGUAGGGCUAGUGAAUGUGAAUUUAAAUAAAGCAUUCUUUAUUAAGUGUAACUCUUUCUCAUAUAGAUAAAACUACAAAAUGACAAAUCCCAUGUUAUAUUAGUUGAUAGGCUCACUGUUCUUUUCUGUGCCAAAAUCAAAUAAAUAAAAUAUAUAAAGU